UUGAGAAUGUCUCUUUCCUUCUUUCCUUUUCAGAGUAUGUGUGCAACUGCUCUAAGGUUGGAAGCCUGGAUGUAAAGCACUGCAACCAGACCACAGGGCAGUGUGAGUGUCAGCAAGGUUAUCAGGGUCUUCGCUGUGAUACCUGCAAGGAGGACUUUUACCUCAACCACACUUCUGGCCUCUGCCUGCCUUGUCACUGUAGUCCACAUGGCGCCCUCAACAUCUUCUGCAACAGUUCUGGGAAUUGUCAAUGCAGAGUGGGUGUUACCGGCUCUACAUGUAACCGAUGCCAAGAUGGAUAUUAUGGCUUUAGUAAGAAUGGCUGCAUGCCCUGCCAUUGCAAUAAUCGGUCUGCCAGUUGUGAUGCUCUCACAGGGACUUGCUUAAACUGCCAGGAAAAUAGCAAAGGGGAUCACUGUGAAGAAUGCAAAGAAGGAUUUUAUCAGAGCCCUAGUGUCACUAACGAAUGCCUUCGCUGCCCAUGUUCAGCAGUGACAUCUACAGGCAACUGCACCAUAAAAUUGAGUGAAUUGGAACCUACAUGUGAUCAGUGUAAAGAUGGUUACACGGGCCAGAACUGCAAUAAGUGUGAAAAUGGCUAUUAUAAUUCUGACAGCAUCUGUAUACAGUGCCAAUGUCAUGGCCAUGUGGACCCAAUUAAAACUCCAAAAAUUUGCAAACCUGAGAGUGGUGAGUGCAUCAGCUGCCUCCAUAACACCACUGGGUUAAGGUGUGAGAACUGCCUAGAAGGUUAUGUUCGAGACCUCCAGGGAAAUUGCAUCAAGAAAGAAGUUAUUGUUCCAACACCUGAAGGUUCUACCAUUUUGGUUUCCAAUGCCUCUUUGGCCACAUCAGUGCCCACCCCUGUUAUAAAUAGUACAUUUACCCCCACAACUCUGCAGACUAUCUUUUCAGUAAGCUCUUCUGAAAACAGCACUUCAGCUUUAGCUGAUGUAUCAUGGACCCAAUUUAACAUCAUCAUUUUGACAGUCAUCAUCAUUGUGGUAGUGCUGCUAAUGGGAUUUGUGGGGGCUGUAUACAUGUACCGUGAGUACCAAAACCGGAAACUCAAUGCCCCCUUUUGGACCAUCGAGCUGAAAGAAGAUAAUAUCAGUUUCAGCAGCUACCAUGACAGCAUUCCCAAUGCAGAUGUGUCGGGAUUGUUGGAAGAUGAUGGCAAUGAAGUGGCUCCCAAUGGGCAACUGACCCUGACGACACCCAUACACAACUACAAAGCCUAAGGAGCUCGAGCUGUUCUCCUGGAUUAUUAAACCACAGUGCUUAUUAAGACAGCCUCAGCCUCUAGGCCAGACAAAGCCUGGGUAGAGUUUGCUGAGAAAGGCAAAUAGUGCAUCUGAACUUGUCAGGUACAAAUCCAUCAUGCGCUUAGCCUGUCUAUUGCUCUUAGUUUUCCCAUGAAGAUCUGAAGCAUUCGCUGUCAUUAAGAACUUGAAGUAAAGUAUAUUUUUGUAUCAAACCACAUGGGAGUGUGGAAAGGCUUAUUCCCAUAGUGUGGCACAAAUCCACUUUGACCUCCAAAUAGGCUGCUGGGGAUAUGUUCACCUCGCCAGUGGUGAUAGGACAAUGGAUGUGGAGGGCAAAAAGACUGCUACAGACGUCAUCUCCAUUCCCAAAACACAUUUUUUUAAAAGAAAGAGCAGGGAUUAUAUUCAUUUUACCAUACUAAAAUAUAUAAUUGAGGAAAACCUGGUGUCUAGGCUAUAUCAUAAUAAAUGAUCUUGAUUAUAUCUAGAAUAGGGGUGGAAAGGUCCCAAGAAGAUCUUUAGAAGGGCUUGAUUUUUUUGUCCCAGGAUUCUCAUUCAAUGACAGGAUUAAAGCACAGGAUAAGCUUCUAAUGCUAGAGAGCAGAGGGUAGCACUGGGGGGGGGGGCAGGAGGCUGAUGGUCCUCCUCAGGGGCUCAGUGUAAAUGAUAAAUUGUUCAAAGAUAAGGAGUAUUUCUGCCACUCUAAAAAUAAGGAAUAUUCCUGCCUCUAGAGAAACAAAGUGUACAUAGUGAAUGUAGCAUAUCUGGUGAACAUUGUAUAUGUAUCUACUUGUAAAAAACCAUGUCAUAUUUUAUCACCUAGAAUUUAUUUGUACAGCAGUUAAUGGUGUUGUAAAAAGAAAAUAUGGGGCUUGGUUAAAUACUGUAAACUAGGUGGCAAUAUUGCUAGAGCUGGGACUCUGGUGAGCACAGUCAUUUUUAGUCCCUCUUUGGACACUUGAAAUUUAUAAGAGGUUGAUCCUAAAAGUAGAGCUUUAUGCUCUUUGACUUACUGUAGAUUCAAGCAAUAGAUUUUGAAGUCAAUAAUUAUUAAGCUGGGACACAGGCUGAACUCUCCAAAACACUCACCUAAUUAGAUAUUAGCUACUCUAUAUAUUUUGCGUAGAUUGUUAUAAAGCAUACCCUCAUUAAAAUAUUUUUUCCUGAAUGUAAAAGAUAGUCUUCCAAAGGAUAGAAAUAUUUGAAUUCCAAAAAAAAAAAAAAAGGCCAUUGUACCACUUGAGAUCCCUAGUUUUCAUGCUUGUGAAACAUUUAUACCCCACCCCCAAACCUCUAAAAUAAAAAUUUCCUACAUUUGAACUUAGCCUAUCACUCAUUUGUCAUGAGGUAUGUCCCAUUUUCUGCAGUGCUAUAGUUCUUCCAUUUUCCUGUCUGGUUAGAGGGUAGCUCUGUCAUUAGGUGUGUACAACAGUGCAACUAUUUUCAGAUGCACUUUUGUUCCCUGCAGAGGCCAAUUACUGUUGCUCUCAUCUGUAUGGUACUGACAGUCUGUGGUUUAAACAAGCCAAGAAAGAUGGCCAGAGACCAAAUACAGAUAUUUAUUGGGAGGAACAACCACGUAUGAGGUGGUUUAAAAAAAAGUGAAGACUUUUUAUUAGAUUAGACCUGAAAGCCAAAUUGACCUCUUUGUCUAACUUCCUCAGAGAAAAAUCUAGAAUUUACCACCCUCUGUAGGAGACCCCUAAGUCUUCCUCAGAGUUUGGAGGUAAUGUUCUAGAGGAUGUACAGGCAAUCUGCUUCUGGCAAGCUGAGGGUCCCCUGUAGAUUAGGCCAUUGCUCACAAGAGAAGACAUUAUAUUAUAUUGUACUAAGAUUAUUUAAGGGCUGGAGAUGUAGCUCAGUAGUAGAGCACUCAUUCAUGCAUGAGGCCCUCGAUUCAAUUCCCCAGCACCUCAAAAAUUUAAUAUUUUAUUGCCCUUUCUAGUUUACAAAGCACUUUUCCAUGGGUGCCCUUUGUUCCUCACCAGAGCCCCCUGAGGAAAUAAUUGUUGUACCCACCUUAUAGACGAUAAUACUGAGGCACAAAAGAGCUAUCUGUCUUGUUCAACGCUGCACAGUGUGUCAUUAUUGGGCUUGGAAUCAGGACUUCCAACUCUGAAGCACACAGUCUUUUAAGUAUAGGCUAAUUCAGAAAUUGCCCAGCCGUGGACACAAGAAGGCUGGGGGAAGAGUCCCGUUUGUGGAUGUUUCUACUUUUUUUGUGGUUACCAGGUGCAAUUCAGAGCCACAGAGCUGUGAAGGAUUUUGAAGAACACAGGAAGAUUACUAUCUAAAGCCAGUAUUAAUAAUAGGAAAGCAAAACUAACAGUUUGUGCUUCAUUAAACUGAACUAAUCCCUCUAAGCAGAGAGGGGAAACUUGCUAGCAGUUGCUGCAUAGGUGUGUAGACUCCAAGAAAUUAUGCAAAGUGGCAUACCUGCCUUUCUCCCUGAUACCCCAACCCCUGCCCCCCCCCCAAAAAAAGAAAGAAAAGUCAAGAUUGAGGAUGGUGAGACAUUUGUUGGACUGGGCUUGGUGGUGCAUGCCAGUAAUCCCAGCUGUUCUGGAGGCAGAGACAGGAGGAUCUCGGUUGGAGGCUAGCCUGGUCAAAAGCUAGUGAGAUCCUAUCUCAAGCACGCACACACACACACAUUAACCGUAAAUUAAUCCAAUAAGAAAUGUGUUGAAGCCUAAGAGCCAAAGCUAAAUAGGAUUUUGAUCAUGUAAAGAUUCUUUGAAACAGACAUGAAAAAAUUGAAUCAUAAAGAACAUUCAUCUUUAAAUACGUGUUAAUAGCUACUAGGCUUGUAUGCACAUAUGAAUAAUAAAACAAUAAAAAUAAAUAAAUAAAUAAAAAUAGCUACUAGGACAUGUUCUUAAUUUUUCACAAUGAGAAAAAAAUUAAGGCCUUAAAAUUUUUUUAAAUAAUACUCUUUCAUUCUUGUGGAAAUAAUUUUGCUGUAAAAUAUAAAUCAAUCAUGAGUUGAUCUACCCUUAAAACCAAACUAGGAAACUGGUGUGAAGUGCACUGCACAAUUUUCUUUCCUCUAAAGGUAUCCCAUGAAUGACGGCAUCCAGCAGCAGGAUCAGUCCUGUAGAAAGCCUAAUAUUGGAAGAAUUUUUGUCUAAGGAUUAGAAAUGUGUUUUUUAAAAAAUAAGACCCUUGAGAAAUGACAGUUAUUGCCAUGAAGCAAUACUUUUGUUUUCAUUAAUUAAUUAUACUAAAACCCUUAUGAAUUUCUGAUACAUACUUUAGGUAGUUUUAAGUAUGUCUUUGUCCUCUCUCAUCUUCCCCUCCCUGCUUCCACUCUGUACCUCCCAGGGCUCUCUUUAUUAGUGGAAUUUCUCCAACUAUAGAGGAUAACAAAUGAUAGUUAAAAACUCUGACUUAUACUAAGGUCCUAUGGACCUAGUGUUUCUUUUCCCAGGGAUACCUGGUUUUUAAGAGAAGAAAAUAAAGCAAACAUGGCAUGGGAGGAGAGAGAUUUGGGUGGUAGGAUUUUUAUAAACCUCAAAUUGUAUGGCUACUCUCUAGCCCCCAUAUUUCUAGAAUCAUUGGCCAUUUAAGCAAGACUCACUGAUCUUCUAGUUCAUUUUGGUCAGCUGAGUGCCUCCAAGAUAUUUAGCCCUUGUGCUGUUUUGGAAGCAGAGAACUAAAGCAACAGUACUCUUCUUGUAAGAUUCAAUUGGAAUUGGGUUAUUAGAUCAUUCACCUUGGUCACAUACUUUUUGUAGGGCACUUGUGAACAGAAUGAAUAUGCCCAUCUUAUAUUUUGAGAUAUGUAGGUAGGAGUUGAAUUUUCUCUACAUCUCAAGGAUAGCUUUCUGACAAAAUAUUCAGAGAAGUCAAAAGCAACCUAGUUUAACCUGUUAGAGCAUAGAAAGUCUUUCUGGCCUCAUCCACAAAGAACCUUUGGUCUGUUAUGAUCUUGCUAGUAAAGAGUUUGGGAGCUAAAAUGGGUCUAGUGUGUGCUGGGGAGUAAUGGCAAAUUAAUGCGUUUUUCUCUUUAACCAUAAGCCAGUGACUAUACCAAGGGGAAAGGCAGAAAGAACACAUGACUGAUCUGAAGAAGUCAAAUAAUAUCAAGUGGACUAACAGUUAUGGAUCAUUAAAAUGUCAGUGGUUGAAUGAUGCCUGUGCAAAGGCUGUUGGGAACCUUUCUUACUUGUUACUUAUGUGUACACAGGAACUGCAGCAGCAGCCCUAGAGUGGGAACCCAGGGCUUCAGAUUCAAGUUAGCCCAGAAGCAAAAUGAUUUAAAGUCAAAUUUUAAUGCUAGGCACAAGCACUCUAUAAUAAGUUAAAUUUCAACCCAAACAAUUAAGGAAUGUUUCUGAAACAUUAAACUUGUAUUUAUGUCACUAAAAUUCUAACACAAACUUUAAAGACAUGUCUCAUACGUACACUGUUCUAGGCUUCAUGAUGCAUUUCUAAAUUUGUGUAUGAUUUGAAUAUAUGAAAGAAUUUAUACAAGAGUGUUAUUUAAAAUUAUUAAUAAAUGUAUAUAAUUUGUA